ACCUGCUCUCCCAAGCUGCUGGACGUUAUCAAGGAAGGUUUCCUUGUAUCACCAAGAUGGUGAUAAUGUUACAGGAGAUAUCAAGGCCGUCCCUAAAAUUCGAGUGAAAAGGAACAUUUUACCUCCGCAAACACGCAACUUUCGUUCUCAACACCAGAAUCCCAAAAUCACCAUACCUCGUAGGGAAACAACGAACAUCGAGCCAUCAUUUCAAUCCAGGACCAAUCCGAACAGCAAGAUGUCCGCUCAACGUCAACCACAAGAACAAAACCCAAGCUCUCAGGACCAAAAUCCCACCUGGUCCGAAUGGGCCAAAACCCAAUACAACGCUCAAUACGAGUCCUGGGUCCCUUGGCUAGAAGACCUCUACCUCCGCUACUUCACCAAGGACAACAAAGCGAGUUAUGCCACCAAUGACACCCUCUCCAAAACAAAAGUGACAAACAUCGAACAAGUAGACACCCUCCAAGACGGGGUGCAUAACCUCGUCGCUGGACAAGUCGGGCAAGGAGGACUGGGACAGCCGGUUGGUGAUCUGUUGUCCAAGGAGGGAGUGAAUAGGAUGGAGAGAAAGGGGAAGGAUGAGAGGGGUGGGUAUCUACCUGAUGUGAGGAAUGUGGGAGGGUUGUUGGGGAGGAAGUGAGCGCAAGCAGUCAGCGAGGGGGGAAUGGUGGUGGAUGGGGAGUGCGCGUUGGCGAAUAGUCGGUGAUGACGUGAUGAGUGUUUGUAAGAUUAUAAGAUACAUGGAGGACCUCUUGAAGAUUGCCGUUAUAUCCAAAGAUCAUAAAUCCAUCCUCCCAGGUGGAUAAGUCGGGUAGACUGGGUCGAAGUGGGUUCGACGGAAGGUUGAAUAACCGUUGAAGCCGGUGGAAGGCUGGAUAAAUACUAAGACUAGCUGAAGCCUAAGUAUUUCUCCAUCCUUCCACCGUCUUCAACGAUUAUUCAACCCUCGAUCGAACCUACCCAGCCGACCCAGCUCCCCCCCUCCCAAUGACCCCAUUCGCUUGCACGACCCAACCCUUCC